AUGCCUGCCAUGACGCUGCGACAGUCAAUGGACCGCUUCCCGGCAGCGAAGGUGCUCAACAAGCACUUUGCAGGGAAAUACCUGAGAGGGGUCAGGGAGAUAAUGGACGAGGAAUUAUGGGACGAUGUGUUCCAACGACUCAAGCCCUACUUGCGCCAAUCUGGCCCCUUGGACAUACUCGACCUUUGGCCUGGCUCCGGUGUCAGGUCUUCCAAGGCCAACGAACUUCUCAAUCCGCGUCGCCAUGUCCUCGUUCGUUCGGACACGAAGCUCGACAUAGUUCUCAAGCCACUUGUCAAGAGCAAGCCUUCUUUUAAACUCAUGAAGGAGGACAUCUAUGGAAAGAAAGACUGGCCGGAAUUUUUGAAGACCCAUUUCCCUGAACAAGACACUACUAUCCAGCCGAAGUCGGGUCGAAUAGCGAAAAAUAAUUCGUUACUCGUCCUGGCCAAUUUGCCUUCCAAUAAUUCAAAGAAGAAUCAUUUCACCCCAGGCCGUUGGUGGAUCCAUUUUCUGGAAGACUCCAUGCGGCAAGCAGGGCUCAACGCAUAUGGUACUGUUCGAGUUCUUGCCACAAUGCCAUCGAGCGAGGUUCCAGCGAUGCUGCCUCGGGCUGCUAUGGAGCGCAGGCGAGGUGGUACGUUGAUGGAGGCUUUGAAUUUGCAUUGCUUCGAGGUCGCCCGCUCGGACGUGUCUGAUGCUCAUCACACUUGGCGCGGGUGGGACACUACGCAGGCUCACAACAUGCAAGUGGCCGAAAGAGCCGCGGCACAGAACAUUGUCACUCGACCUCGCAGGGUACCUCCGCCUUUGGAAAAAAGCCCUGACUUCGAUGACCGGGAUAUCCCAUACGUGGCCCGGGUGGCUUCACCUACUCUUGCGGAAUGGACCAAGGAGCUCGCGGCCGCAGAUCUCACGAUCGCUUCAGGAGCUAAAGGCCCUGAGUUGAAGAAAGCGACCAAAGAAAGAGCAACCCUCAAGCACAAAAUAGUUCAGGAGAAAAUUCGCGUUUAUACCCGCCACAGCUUGGCUGAGAUCCUGCUUAACAUUGAGGGAAAGCUCCACCAGCUUUCGCGUGCGGCUGCGAAUCCCAAAGAGUCAAUCGAAUCUCUCAAGGCGCUUGAUAAAGAAAUCGAGUCUCUCCAAUUGUCAUACAAGACUUCACUGUCUGAAAUCCAUUACAUGAAAUCCAAGCUUCACACUCAUAUUAUUGACGACGACCGUGUGUUACGCGCGUCCCGCGAGAUGGGCCAUUCGCAACUCUGCUGGGAACGGCGACCGUUCGAACCACUUCACCUUCACGAGGAUGAGAUCUGGCCUCGUGGAGAUCCGACUUCAGUUCUGUACUACGAGCCCAAUGAAACCCCUCCCAUCCUACAAAAGAUCUGUCACCUACCGGCUGAAAAGCAAAGACAGGUAAUUGCUCGCUUUGACACUCUGAUCUCAUCUCUCACACAAGGAGCCAUGUCAGUCGAGGAGCUCAAAAACUUGAUGAUUCCACACUGGUCGACAAAUGAGCUGGUCAAGGCCAUUCCAUCCCUCGCCACCUUCUCCAACAAGCGACUGAAGCCUGACCACGGGCCUCUACCCCUGGACGAUCCAGCUGCUGAUCCAGUGAGCAGCUAUCAGGAAAAUCUGGACUAUGAUCUGAGUGCGGUUCGAAUGCACAUCAUUUCUGCGGAGACCUUCAUGGACCUUGCCCUUUUAUACGAGAGCGUCCCGGACAAGCUUACUAUUCCGGCGUUCUGUCGACUCAUCGGUGGGACACUCACAGCCUCGCAGCUUGUGUCGGAAGUCGCGUUCAGAAAGAAAAAUUAA